AUGGCACGAGCAACUCUGCUCUUCCUAGUCGUAGCGCUCGUAGCGCUAUCAUUUACUCCACGGGUAGCGGCCUUUGGAGCGGGUAACAUCCCAGGAUACUCUUAUCUUGAGGAGAAGGCUUUCAGACAUGGUGAUAUUGAAGAUGUUAUUGCAAAUCUGAUGAAAGCUGCUGGCGGUGGUUUCUUAUCUAGGGGAACUAAAUUUACCCCUCUCGACGUGAAGAGAGUUUACUUUGGAAAUUGGUUGCGAGAUUAUUCCCAGGCAGUUGACGUUGGUGCGCUCAAGAAGACCAACCUGCAAACCAUCUUGAAUGUAGUCAUGGUUCUUGGGUUCUUAGGCCUUGGUUACGCCACCGGUGAAUUCGAAGUAACGGCAGAGAGAUUAGGAUGUUAUCUUCCCACAGAGCAUAUCGAUAAUCCAAAGGGAUAUGCCGAAGGUGAAGAUGCUAGACAAUACGAUAACAGAUUACGAGGUCCAGUUGAUCCUCGAGAGUUGGAGAUUGAUAUUCAAACUGGUAUGAAGAAUUACAUUGCAAAUGAGCAUGGUGGUUGGGCUACAUCGAAAGCUUUGGUUAGACAAAGACUUCAAGAAGUCAUCCAUUACGGUAGAACUUUCCGAUCAACCGACAACAAGGCAGAUUCUUAUCAAGCUUUCCAAUUGCUCGGCAGAGCUCUUCAUACCUUGGAGGACUUCACUGCUCAUUCAAACUGGUGUGAGCUUGCUCUUAUAUCCCUGGGAUACAACAAUGUUUUCCCCCACGUUGGCAGAAAUACCCAAAUUCAAGCUCCUAACGGUAAACGAGUCUUCCCUCUUGUCACUGGUACUUUUGGUGGAGCAGAUUUCAUCCAUUCGGUCAUGGGCGAAGCUACCGAUCAUCUCAGUCAACAAUCCGUCUCUGAUCUUACCAAGCAAAUGACCAAUGCUCGAUCGAUCUCAGAAGGUCAAUCCAGCUCUGCUGAUACCCUUCGACAACUUUUCUUCUCUCUUCCUGGAAGCGACGGAAGCGACAUGACCAGGGAAAUGGAUGGCAUUCAAAACAUGCGAGCCGGUCAACCAGGUGGUCUCGACCCUUCUAAUAUGUCCCCUCAAGAACUGCACGAUACGCUCUGGAAGAUCUUGAGUUUCCGAGACUCGGUGAUGAAGAGAAUCGAGAACACCAUUGAUCGAAUUCCUGGACUUUCCGGUGUUGUCGAGAAGAUCUCCAACUCCGUCUCUGUAUUCAUCAUCACGACUCUUGAGCCCUUCGUCAAACCGCUUGUGGGGACUGCAACCUCAGCUCUAGGUCAAACAUCUCAAGCCGUUAUUGAUUCUCAUGAUCAGUAUGAGGUCUGGAACGACCCAUAUGCAUCUGAUCCUACUCACUCUUUCUUGUCAAAGGAUCACUUCGGACUCAUUCUCAAUCAACCUGCUGGUGAGAUCGCUCAGAUAAUCGUGGAGUUCACAGUCAAGCUUGUCGUUCAGGCAUGGGACAACAACAGUAUGCCUGUCGAGCAGGUUACCGAACCUGUCCUAGAGGCUUUAUUCCACCCUGACUUCCACAAUGGGCGAUCUGAGAUCCAGAAACGGAUGCUUGAUAAGAUGCGAAAUUGGAUCGACACCGUUCACAACAAGAACGAAAUCUUGAACCGAUUGACUUCUGAUAAAGUCAAAUCUGGUGGUAACAAGCGAAUCGGAGAUACAUCUCAAGCUACGGGUCACGUACACAACCAAAUGCUACCUGAAGGUGGAUUACAACAAGUUGUAGCAUCUCAUAACAUUCAUGUGCCUGGUGCGCAAUACCUGAAUGCUGGACAAGAUUUAGUGUCUGGUAAAAUGCCAUGGGAUCAAGGCUUUGGCUCCGGCGGACAAAAUGCUUGGCGAGGAAUUGACCCCAAUGCGCCUGAUAACGGUAACAACGGACAAGCUUCAAGCUUCUACAACGAUAAUCAAAAUCAAAAUCAAUAUGCUGCCACACAAUCUUAUCAACCUCCCCCUCAGCAAUCAUACGGAAGUCAAGAUGGCCACGCUUCCUCUUUCUACGGAGAGAACAAUUCUCAGGGAUCCGGAUACGGCGGUAACAGCGCUGGUAGAUUUGAUGCUCCUCCCCGUCAAGAGUUCAAUCCCCCAUCAUAUCAUCACUCCGCACCACCUCAAGAUUCAUAUGCUGGUCCACCAGGAGAUGGAUAUCCAGGACAACAUGGACAUCACGGUCAGCAUGGUGGUCAUGGCGGUCCUCCCCCGCCACCUGGAGGAUAUGGAGGACCUCCUCCGCCUCACGGCGGAUACGGCGGUCAGCCCACGUAUGGAGAGCAGAUGUCUCAAGGAGGGCAUCACGGUCAAGGUCAAUGGGGUCAACAACAACCCCCCUAUGGUGGACCUCCUGGCGGGUGGCAGUGA